CAUCGGAGCCGCAGCCGGCGCCGCAGGUCCUCGGCUGGGACCGAAGGCCGGGCAGGACGCCUGUGCGCGCGGAGCUCAGCUCCGGGGUGCGGCGGGUGAGAAGCGGGAGAGGCCGGUGUCCAGCCCCGAGGCCGACGGUGUCCUGUUUCCCUCGGAAGCCUCGCUGCGCGCUGGGCGCCGCGGUGUGAGCGUGGAAGGCUGGCGGGAACGAAUCCGGAGAUCCUCCGGGUCUCAACAACUCUUCCAGGGUAAAAGAUUAUGGCCUGAGGACGAUACAACCAGGAAGCCUCUCAUCGAAAGUUCCAGCAGUUUCUCCUCCCGAAGCUGCCACUCCCAGUCAGGCCAGCGCCAUCAUGCCUCAGCAGCUCCUGAUCACUCCAGCCACUGAGGCAACCUGGGUGAAGUUGAACCAUCAUCCCAGGAAGACCAAGGAGGGGGUGUCCCUGUGGGAGGAUGUGACAAAAAUGUUUGAAGGAGAAGCUCUGCUAUCCCAUGAUGCUAAUGGGACACAACAAGAAAGCUUAGCUGAUGGAACGACCCCUGGCAUCCCUGCAACAGGAUCCCAUGAUGGAGUGACCCCUGGCACCCCUGCAGUAGGAUCCCAUGAUGGAAUGACCCCUGGCACCUCUGCAGCAGGAUCCCAGGAAUCGUUGACUUUCAAGGACAUUGCUGUGGACUUAUCCCAGGAGGAAUGGGGGCAGCUGGCUCCUGCAUACCGGGAUUUGUAUCGGGAGGUGAUGCUGGAGAACUACAGAAACCUGGUGUCAGUGGCAGGAUAUCAACUUUCCAAGCCUACUGUGAUUUCCCAGUUGGAAAAAGGAGAGGGACCAUGCAUGGCAGAGAGUCAAGGCCCAGAGGAUCCCAUUUUAGAUGUGAAGAAUAAACUAGAAACCAAGGAGUCAACUGCAGAGGAUGACAUUUCUGUCAAGCUCGAUCAUGGCAUCACGAGGGGAAGGCUCGUGAUAGAGGAUGAUAUAGUUUGUUCUCCAUUGAAAAAAGCCUCCAGCUACCGUGAUACAUUAGAGAGUCACCGGGCAACCUGUGGAAAAGGCACGAGACGAGACGUUUGGACCCACAAAAAGAAACGCCAAGAAGGGAACAAAUUGGAAAACCCAGAGAGUUCCAAUGUUAUUUUAGAACAGAAGCACCGUAAACACAAACCAGCCAGAAAGAGAAACAAGUAUAAAUUAGAUUCAAUUGAUCACCCAGUGAGCUGUAUGAGAGCCAGAAGGUACCCAUGUAAUGUGUGUGAGAAAAUGUUUAAGCAACCCAUUCACCUUGUCGAGCACAUGAGAACUCACACUGGUGAGAAACCGUUCCGGUGCAAGGAGUGUGGGAGGGCCUUUAGUCAGAGCGCGUCACUCAAUACGCACCAGAGGAUCCACACUGGGGAGAAGCCCUUCGCAUGUGAGGAGUGCGGCAAAGCCUUCCGGCAUCGCUCGUCACUUAACCAGCAUCACCGGACUCACACUGGAGAGAAACCGUUCACGUGUGACAAAUGUCAGAAAGCCUUUAGCCAGAACAUCAGCUUGGUCCAGCAUCUGAGGACUCAUUCGGGAGAGAAACCCUUUAGCUGCAGUGAAUGUGGGAAACCCUUUCGACAGAUUAGACACCUUAGUGAACACGUAAGAAUCCACACUGGGGAGAAGCCCUACAAAUGCACUUCCUGCUGUAAAACGUUCAGUCAUAGAGCAUAUCUCACACAUCACCAGCGAAUCCACACCGGGGAGAGACCGUACAAAUGUAAGGAGUGUGGGAAAGCCUUCAGGCAGAGGAUACACCUUAGCAACCACAGGACUGUUCAUACAGGGGUGAAAGCCUACGAGUGUAACCGCUGUGGGAAAGCCUACAGGCACGACUCCUCCUUUAAGAAACACCAGCGACAUCACACGGGAGAAAAGCCUUACGAAUGUACUGAGUGUGGAAAGUCCUUCAGCUAUAACUCAUCCCUGAGCCGACACCAGAAAAUCCACAGGAGGAAUGCUUUCCGAGAUGAUCCGGGACAUGAGAACAAAAGGCAGCUCUAAAUUGAUGAUUCUGAGCUUUAAAGUUUCAGGACUCGAGUAACCUUGAGAAAUUAACAACAACGGUGGCAACUUUUGAUUUUGCCAAAAGUGUAAAUAAAUACCCUGUUGAU